GCAAUACCAACGGAGCAGCCCCAACACCUAGACAGUCGGGGGCUUCUCUCCCAUUUAAGCGUUCUGGAGCUAGUAGCGCGGUAAGUAGCACGAGUACACGAGAGCAGGCGGGAGGGAGAAGACGCGCACUUGCUGACGGUGUACCACAACAAAAAAUGUGUCAGCGCGGGAUGCAGGGACGGGAGGACGGGUGCUGACUCUGUCAUCAUUGAUGGACGACCGUCAUUGGAGCACGGCCAUGCUUGAUGAUUUCUUCUCAGGAUAUCCAUUACUGCAUCCAUUUAGAUAUUAUGUCGUUAUAAUUUAAUUAAUUUAUUAGCGCUUUAUCUCGGUUGUUAUAUCGUUAUAUAUUUAAGAUGGAAUUUUGGAUCCGUGUGGUUUUCGUUUUGACACAAUGUAUUGUUGUGUUAUCAAAUCAGUGCGUCCUACGUGACGGAGAGUGUUCUUACAAUGUGUACUUAUCGAACAACAACUGUGACAGGCCGUUACAGAAAGGAGAUGCCAAUAUACAGAAGGACUCUUACACAGUGGCCGGGAUGCAGCGGGACUUCAACGUCGUCAAAGUCAACCACGAGGACCGGAUCCGUGAACUGGAGGCCUCCAUCCAGAAACUGCUGCGCUCCUCCAUCCCCGCACGUGACGGGGUCUUCAGUUCUGGUCAGGCUUUGGAGGGGCCGGUCAACAUCGAGAACUUUUUCCCAGGAGUCCAAACCGCGGAGGGAGGACUACUUUCUUCUCUUCACAACCAUUUUACAAAUUUGAGGAACGAAAUCGAGGCUAAGGCCAAUAAAGUGACGGACAUGGAGAUCAGGCUGAAUGACACGACAGUGGCCUUACAGCAGGCCCACGACGAACUAUUCAAGAACAGCCAGAAAGUGAUCGCAGCCGAGAACCAAGUCAGAGAAAUGGUACAGGAAAGAUACGUUUUAAAAAAUCAAAUCAAGUUCAAAUCUGAACAGUUGGCCCAGGCCAUGGAGAAGGUUAAUUACACGGACGCCCGGGUCCUGCAGCUGGAGAACCAGCUUUACGUACUGGUCCGGUCCGAGUCCAACCUUAAGGAGGAGUUGGGUCUGUACCAGUGGAAGCUCAACAACAGCCUGAAGGCCUUCAAGAAUCUGCAGGGCAACCACACAAAGCUGGAGAGGACUCUGAACAAAACACAGACCGAGUUGGAGAGAGCCAAUCUGGACCUGAUGGAAUGUAUCACUGCAAAGACGCAGUCGUUUUGUGGGUUUGAGAACGACGACAUGUGUGGUUUCACCCAGGAAACGGAGAAGGACCAAUUUGAUUGGACGAGAAGCAAGGGGGAGACUCCGUCAAGUAACACCGGACCCUCGGGGGAUCACACGUGUCGGGCAAAGGGGGCUGGUCACUUCCUGUAUGUAGAGGCUUCCGGUCGGGGUAACAACGAGCGUGCAGUGAUGUACUCACCUUUCUACCAGAGUCUGGACCAGCUGUGUCUGGGAUUCUACUACCACAUGUACGGGCGUCAGAUAGGGACGCUCAAUGUCUAUACCAAGACUCGGUCCGGUGACGUAAUUGAAGCAGCGUGGAGAGCAUACGGUAACCAAGGAAACGUGUGGAUUCAGGCGUUACUAGACAUCCCCAAAAAGCUAGCCAGGGCCGGGUUUCAGCUGGUGUUUGAGGCCACAAUGACGGGGAGUUACCUGGGAGACAUCGCCAUUGACGACAUCUCGGUCAGUGACGGCCGUUGUGGGUCAGAUUCCGUCACCCCGGUGUCCGUCCAUUCCAACGUGACCCUGGAACGCAGCGCCCAGCUCCGGAGACUCCAAAAGUUCAAGAAGUUUCGGAAAAUGCUCCGACGACGGAGAAAUGAUAAUAGUGAUAGUUAGUAGUUGAAAUCUAGUGUCUUCCAAGACUCGUUAAAAUAUAUACAUGAGAAAAAUAAGAAGACCGACCCUGCUUGUUGCAUGGUGUUGAAUUUGUUCGAAGACAGAAUUGACUGGCUGCUGGCAAGAUAUCAGCGGUAAAAUGAUUGGGUCUGACAGCUAGUGGCUCAUUUUUAUAGGACUAGCUGCCGUUGUUCAUAUCAAUGUUACACCGGUGAAUUCAUUGUAUUAAAGCAUGUAUGUGUGUAUACUUAUUGCAGGCUGCAAUGGCCUCCUGAUCUCUGUAAUAAACAGUAUCAUCUCAAAGAUAUGCUCUUCCUGGGAAUAAUCAUGUAUAAUGUAUAAAAUUUACAAAU